AUGCCUGAAAAGAAGACCAGCAGCAGUUCUCACAGCGCUACCAGCGCUGCCAGCUCUACCAGCUCUUCCAGAGGCAGCACCCAGAAGACUCCCAGUACCAAAUCUCACAGCUCUACCAGCCCUCCCAAAGGCAGCACCCAGAAGACUCCCAGUACCAAACCUGGCACUUCUGCCAGCCCUCCCAGAGACAGCAACCAGACACCCCCCAAAAUCCAAAUUACAAAAUCCGACGACCCCAGCGAAUUAAAAAACAAAUACCCCAAUAUGUGGUUACUUAAGGUAAACGAGGGAAGCCGUUUGGAUUUUGCAAAGAAGUCUGGCUCAAAAAAGUAG